AUGGCCGCCGUGGCCAGUCCUCCAUCCAUCAAUGUCUCUCCCCCAAGUAAUCCUGCUCCCCAUUCAUCCUCGAGUACUACUUGCACCCUCGUUCCUCAGUACCCCUACAACGUCUCGAUGCCUUCAUUUGCCGGUGCCCUCUUACCUUAUGAACGCUCUCCGAUGCCCGAUGACAACGAUGUACAGACCCGCCUUCCCUCUCGGUGUGUUGAUUAUCUCAGUCACAAUUGGGAUGAGAGUGAUGUCUGGACGAGCUGGAAGGCCAUGACAAGACACAAAAACGAGAUGGCCAACGGUAUCCGAUUAGAGAAUGCUAGCUGGAGAACAUGGGCCAAGCAGCGUAGCAACCUCAAGACCAUCAGUCCUGAAACCCUCAACUGGCUGAAGGACAGUGACGUCACAUGGCUCUACGGUCCUCUUCACACAGCUGUCGAUCCGGUGCCUCCUGCCAAAAUAUCGUCGAUUCAAGAUCGAUUUAAUCUUGAUGGCCAGCCCCAGUCGACUCCUCAUUCCCAGUCUGCUUCAACCGUCAACUCUCGCCCAGGCUCCUCUGCAUCCAUGCGUUCUUCCAAAGCACCCGGCAAGCCAAUCCUCAAGCACCGCAGCCUUUCCGAAAUUCUCGGAGUUGGUCUAUCUAAGAGCGGCGAAUCCGCUUCGGAAGAUGGAAGCGAGGACGGCAGAGCUCGACCUGAUCAGCCCAAACGAGCACGGGUGUCGAUCGCUCAUGCAUCCUCCGAUUCCACCCUCGUCAAGCUUGGCAAUGCCAGUGUUGCCCGCGGAUCUUCGCCCACCAUCAUCAAUGGCUACGAGAGCUCCGAUCUAGCUACCAGUGGCGAUGAUAGCGAUGCUGCCCGCCGGACUUCCGCUAUGCGUAGUCAAUCCGCCCACAGCGUCAAUGGGUCCGAUGAUGUCAAGCCAAAGAAACACAUCAGCUUUUCACAUCGUGUUGAGCAAUGCAUAGCAGUGGAUAGUGAAGAAGAGCGAGGCUCCUACACUACCAAGGGCCAACUUCGACCACCGGGUCGAGGCGGCGCCGCUGUAAUCGGAUCAAAUGUCUUGGAAGAUGAAGAUGAUGACGAUGACGAGGACGACCUGCUGACCUUCCGAUCCUCGGCCCCGCGCCAGACCGGCCUUCAUGCCGUAUCACAGCGGUACAUGUCACCCUCGGCAGUCGGCACCCUUCCUGAACCGUAUGGUCCCUUGGCCGGGCCGUCGAAUUUGCUUGCAGGUUCUUCGGCUAGUGAGCCCUUCACUAUCGCCCGCAUGGCACCCACCACGCUGAAAAGCAGUGAAGUUCUGCCUGCUCCGAGUCCUGUUGUCGUCUAUGACCGAGACCCGCCUUGCGUUGGGGUCAAUUCCCAGCCUUCAUACGCUCGACCGACUUAUACAGUAACAGCCACGCCGUCGGCCUCCAUCGGGAUGGACUACACCAUGCAGAAUCCGGUUCCCCAAGCUUCCACCAACGCCACACCUAUUUACAGUCACCAGACUUCCUCCAGCUAUUCUUCUCGUACAUACGGCCCCGUGGCUGUGUCCAAAGUCUUAGCCUCUCCCACCACCGCACCGUCUGGCGACCAUCUCACCUCCAUGCCCAUCCAAUACGGCAGCUCGAGCUCGAUGAACCAUUGGAAUGUGACAACCCCCGACGACGAGGAUACUGAAGAGUUCACCGCGAUGGGGUUUGAUUACUUCUCCGGCCCGGAUUUAGGCCUGGGGGAUGAGUAUGACAUGUCAAGGCUGCCGUCCCAACAUUUGGCAUCUUUCCAAGCUGGAUUUAAUCCCAGUGAAAUGAAUGGAAAGCCUGGCAACAACGAAGACAGUACAAUCCUUAGAUCAAUUCUGAAGACUCAUGUGGCUUCCCCGUCUUCAGGCUCUCCUGCUAGCAGUCCUGGAAAAUUUGGAGGACAGGACCCAAUUCUUGUUCCCCAAGUAAAGUCGAACCACAAAAUUUCCGCUACCCAUUCUUCCUCAUCUUCAUCCCUCUCUUCCAGUCCCUUUUCACCGCGCAAUGAUUCCUCGUCCUCACUCGUCACUCUACCCAAUGAAAGCGGCAUCCUCAACACGGAUACGCCAUUACCCACUUUUUCCGAUUGCCCUCAAAAUGAUCCUGACCGACAGUCCAGAGGUCGAUCUUCGUCCCGAGGCUCCUCUGCCUCGAGCUUCGAGCGCAGCUCCACCGAUAAGCGCCCCUCUUCUCACAGUCCAACCCACAGCCCCCCUCUCAGUUCAGCCGGAAGCUCGACAGUUCUGGCAGGAUCAAACAGUACUAACGGCGUCGUCAAUAGCAGUCGUUCGUCCAAUCGCCCUGCUGGAACAUUCGUCCGGGCUAAUAGUUAUGAUGGCGGUCGGUCUUUCAAUAGCAAGUCAUCUCUAAUCCAUGCACCCAUCGGGGAAGAAGAUGAGGGCGACGACUCACAACCCCCAGCCAAAGCUGGCUCUCUUGAGAAAGGACUGAAUAAUCUAUCUUUCCGGCCUCCCCAACCCUCGACGUCCCUGCCUUCAUCAAAUAGCAACAGCGAGUUUACGCACAAGCCCAGCUCGUCGGUGACGCUCCAUCAGAGCCCUUGCAUGAUUUCCGAACCGAAGCUUGCAACUGCUCAACUGAAUGGCUCAGGUGAAGGUCUCCGUGGGCCCUGCAGCCCCAGCAACCCUCACGGCGAAAGCAUCGCUUCUGGCUCUCCGACCUUGUUCUCUCUUCUUUCCAAACAAGGAAGCAGUUCCCCGGUAUCAUGGUGGUCCGAUGAGCGUUCUAGCAACCGCAACACCACUCGGUCAAGUCUCGAUCGGCCAUCGUCUCGACCUUCGCUGCGGUCCAGCAACUCGGACAGCAGCACAUCAACGUUUAUCGGCCGGACCUCCUUUUCUCAAAGCGAUCGCAAGUUCCUGGGGACAAGUCGAGGGGGAGGCUCGGUGGACGAGAUCCGAUGUUCAUCGGAGGACGAGUUUGGAUUCGGCAACUACUACGGAGCUCGGUCGCCUGAAGACGAUGACCUGCCUCGGGACGACUCGGAGAACAGCGGGGUGAUCAGUCGGGCUGCGGAUAUCGUCGAGACGGCCAAGGUGAUCGUCGGCGCCUUGUGGAACGCUGGCUCUCGUUCUAUCUGGGGGCCUCCUGAAUCCGACGCCGCUCAGGUUGAUUCCACCGACCAGAAAGACGGCAAAUCUCGCGCUCAGAUCCGUCGCGCCUCCACCGGCGGUCUCCAUCACAGAUCCGAUGACGCUCAAGUCGCUUCUUUCCAACACUCUUCUGCUGUUCUUGAUAAACAAAAAUCCAGCGAUGCGCCCUAA